CUCCAACCUUCACUCUGUACCUCAUCCAGUUCGCGCUGCAUCUAUUCUCAUUGUGCCCGCCACUCAUUCUACAAUCGCAUCCUUUAUAUUUAAUCCCACCCCCCAGCUUAUCUACCGUUCUUUUGUCCCACAAAAGCCUGCCGUGCGGGGUAUACAGCCAUGGCGGACCGACAGGCAGUCCAGCAGAAUCUCAACGGUCUGCUGUCAAAGCUGGAUGAUCCAGACCCUGAUAUGAGAUACAUGUCUCUGAACGAUCUCUUGGGAAUACUCAACAGCCCCAACUCCUCGUAUUUGGCUCAUGACCAGUAUUCCGCUUCGCGACUUGCGGACGGCUUGCUCAACGCCUUGGAUGAUCAACACGGAGAUGUCCAAAACCAAGCACUGAAAUGUCUCGGCCCACUUGUGAAUCGACUUCCUUCCGAUAGCCUCAGUACGAUUUUGGAGAAGCUUUCGAACCUGACAGCUUCCCAAACUAUGGAUACCUCGGUCCCAAAUACUGCUCUGCGAGUCAUUGUUACUGCUCUUCCUCGUCCUCAAACCGGACAGCCACCUUCUCCGGACGUCUCCGUAGCUUACUCGGCUGUCUCAGAAGUUCUCAUCCCUCGACUAACCGGCCCGACGGCAUCUCCUUCCGGUAGAAGAGGCUCUGUUGUCAGAGGCAUGCUAGAGAAGGAUUCUUCCAAGGGCUUCAGCAGUGAUGCAAUUGAUGUCCUAAUCCAGGUCGUCACUUGCUUUGGGCCACUUCUCAAAGAGGCUGAGUUGACAGCUCUCCAGAAAUCAGUGAUGUCCAUUAUCGACAACGACACGGCUGGCACCGUGGUUACGAAAAGGGCGCUGGCCGCUAUUUCCGCCUUGGUACCCCAUUUCUCAGAAUUUCAAUUCGGCUCGUUUGUCGAUGAACUCGUCAAGAGGUUUAAUUCUCCCCAGAUUAGCCUCGUGCACCGAAGGCACCUCAUUGCAACGGUUGGCAGUGUCGCAAGGAGCAGCCCGGCCAAGUUUGGCCCUCACCUACCGACGCUCGCUCCGUUUGUCUUUGCUACAGUUGACGAGGUUGUAGCGGCUUAGAUUAAUAGAUACGAAAAGUUUAAUAACACUAGCUGAAAUGAACUUCUUCCGAUACCCUUUAUGUCUCCAGGAAAUGUAUCGGAUGAUCCGACAGGUCUGUAUAAGUGAAGCUUCGUUUCACAUUAUUUAUGACCAUCUCCAGCUUAAAGUAGAACAUUGAACGCGUUAGCUUGAAUGGAAAGGGGAUUCUUCUGGCUGG